CACCAGCGCGUGCAUUGACCAACACUGGCAGCCACCACCGCACAGUCGCGAAAUUGACAACAAAACAAAAUUACGCUAUAAACAAACCGAAAUUGCUGUCCAAAAUGAGCGCAUCAGCCUCCACUUCGGCGGCGGCGUCGCAAGACGCCUGCUACAUCUCGCUGCUCGGCUUGGCGGAGUUCUUCCGCACCUCACAGCCGCCGAACAUCAAGAAGUGCAUCCAGUGCCUGCAGGCGCUGUUCACAUUCAUGCCGCCCUCAAAGGUCGAGGCGCGGACGCACCUGCAAAUGGGCCAGAUCCUAAUGGCCUACACGAAGAAUAUAGACCUGGCGCGCCAUCAUUUGGAGAAGGCGUGGAGCAUCUCCGAGCCGCUGGCCAACUUUGACGUCAAGUUUGACACGGCCUCGCUUUUGGCGCAACUUCAUCUGCAAACGGACCAGAACUCGCACCAGGCCAAGGCGAUGCUGCGGCGCGCCGUGGAACUCUCACAGCACAACGUCUAUUGGCACUGCAAGCUUCUGUUGCAACUGGCCCAGAUACAUGCCAGCGAUCGCGAGUACUCCCUGGCGUCCGAGCUGCUGGCCGUGGGUGCGGAAAGCGCCGACGAGGCGAGCGCCACGUACCUGAAGGUCUUGUUCCUGCUUUCGCGCGCCAUGAUCCUGAUGAUCGAGCGCAAGACCAACGAUGUGCUCGCCCUGCUCAACUCUGCGGGCCAAAUCAUCGACAACAACAUACCCAAUCCCCACCAGAAGGAAUAUCUCAAGGUGUUCUUCCUGGUCCUGCAGGUGUGCUACUACCUGGCUCUGGGCCAGGUGAAGACUGUGAAGCCCAGUCUCAAGCAGCUACAGAUGUCCAUCCAAACGAUAAUGGCACCCAAUUGGCCAUCGGACGAGGCUAUCUUCGGUGCCAAUCAGCUGGAGAUGUUCGUGUGGCUGCCUAAGGAGCAGCUGUACGUGCUGGUUUACCUUGUGACCGUGUCGCACUCCAUGAUGGCGGGUUACAUGGACAAGGCACAAAAGUAUACCGAGAAGGCGCUCACACAAAUCGAAAAGCUUAAACAGCAGGAGGAUAAGCCCAUCCUGUCCGUUUUCAAGGUGAUUCUUCUGGAGCACAUUGUCAUGUGCCGCAUGGUGAUGGGAAACCGGGAACUGGCCAUCCGCGAGAUUGCUGCCGCGCGGGACGUAUGCCUGGCGGCACCGCAGCGUAGUUUGCUGAGACGGCAUUCCGCCCAGCUGCACUGCCUCGUUGGGCUGUAUUCCAUGUCAACCAGUUUCUUCGAGCACGCCGAGCGACAGUUUCUCGUUUGCGUAAGCGAGACCAGCGAGAGGGACCUGAAGCUGUUCGCCAACCUCAACCUGGCGAUAAUCUAUCUGCGGACCAAGCGGGAGACGGACCUGAAACAAAUACUUGACGCUGUGUCGACGGAGAACACGCACACUUACAGCAGCCAGGCGCUAAUGGGGGGCUUUUACUACGUCCAGGGUCUGCACGCCUUUCACAAAAACAGCUUUCACGAGGCCAAGCGCUUUCUCCGUGAGACCCUGAAAAUGGCCAACGCCGAGGACCUUAACCGGCUGACCAGCUGCUCGCUAGUAUUGCUCUCGCACGUCUUCCUCAGCAUUGGCAACUCCAAGGAGAGCAUGAACAUGGUCACGCCGGCAAUGCAGCUGGCCAGCAAGAUUCCCGACAUCCACGUGCAAUUGUGGGGAUCAGCAAUACUCAAGGAUCUGCAUCGCAUGUCCAAGGAUGUGCAGCACGAAAAGGAUGCAUAUGCCAACCACGUGAAAUACUCGGAAAACCUGAUUGCGGACCAGCGCAAAUGCGUCCAAAGUGCGCACCAUGAGCUAGUCAACUGGUUCCACGGAGAUCCGCCGGUCACGAGCGGUCCGCCCUCCACAGCCGCCCUGCUUCUGCCCGAGACCUCCGUCGUAGCCUCCACGUCGACGGCCCUGCAGCCAGCGGGGCAAUAUGGUCAGUUCUACUAGCAAUGAGGAGACGACACUGCAAUGUACCAUUUAAGCUUUUAUUUGUAUCUACAACCUAGCCACUAAGUUAAGACUAAAGAUGUUCUAAAGUUGUGAGUUUUCGACAUAAAUUGUAUUCCCGCUGGGGAGAAGUGGACAAGUGG